UAUUGGCUAUAUUGAAUAUAUUUAAAUUUUAGAUAAUUUCAUUGUUUACGCUUGUAUUUGUUAUUUUUAUAAAAUGGCAUAUUGUCAAAGUUAUACACCGAAUUAUUUUGCAUUAAAUGAUAUUUUAUCUACUGAAGAACGGGUAUCUUGUAAAAUUGAAAUACAGAUGCUUGGUUUAGGUAAUUAUUUAUAUACAUCUAAAGAUUUAAAGGUAGGAUCAAAAGUAGAAUUUCCAUUAUGGUUAGCAGAAUCAUUAAAGAAUCUGAAAGAUUCAAUAGUUAGUAUUGAUGUACCAAAUAUAUAUAAAGAAGGAUACAGGGAAAUUUUAGAAGCAGAUGCUGAUGCUAUUGUUUUAAGUAAAUGGAAUCCAUUUUAUUAUGAAAUAGGAAUGCAUGUAAGAAAAUUUAAUGAUAGAGAUUCUGAACAAAUCACUGAAAGCUUAUUACAGACAUUUAAAUCUCGUUUUCGAUUAAUUAUGGACUGGGCUCAAAAUCCAAUAUCUGAUCCUACAUUAGCAAAUCAACUUCCUCGUCUCGAAAGAGAUCUUUUUCUUAUCGGCCGAAAAGCUAAAGUUCGGCUUUUAGAAUGGUUAAAAGGAGAUACAAAUAACAUUAUUUCUUCUGAAAUUACAACAAACUUGAAAAAACGAAAACGUGCACAAUUUGAGCUUAAUUAGUGACAUUAUUUUAUAAAAAAAAAAA